CAAAGCCGAGUACGGAGGGGCUGUGCCACGGACCCACGGUGCUAUUACAAAGAGGUGGUGGAAGAAAUGCACUGAAAGUUUGAGCGGGCUUGGGUGCGAGCGAGGAGAAGUCGACGUAAUGUAUGGCUGGUACAAUACAGCCUGCUUGAGGUCUUGAGUAGACGUCAAGAUUCUGUACUAUCGACAUGGUGUCAUGGGUGCGCAGACCAUACCGCGCGCCUGAGCUGCUGUUUGGGCCUAGGAAUUAUGAUGCAUUCGCGAUUGAUUCUUGGAGCCUUGGAGCAACUUUCGCAGAAUUCUUCACUUCCGUUCGUCUCUUUAACCCGCUUGACGACGAAGGCUUCGACUUUGGGGGCGAUGAGCAGUCUGACUCAGGUGACGAAAGCCCGGCGAAGCCAGCCGAGCCAUUCGUUAUACCAAAGGGACUUCGCGUCGGAGACCCUUCCAAUAGGUGGGCCAGAGAUUCGCUAUUUGAUUCCACACGUGGAGAGAUCGGUUUGGCAUGGAGUAUUUUCAAGACACGAGGUUCGCCAAAUGAGACAACUUGGCCAUCCUUUUUGAGCUUACCGGACGCAAACAAGUUGUCCUUUAUAGAUGCGCAGCCUGUUGAUCUCCCCUCUAUCCUACCCAAUCUUCCUUCAUCCGCACAGCAGCACGAGGUCGACACGAAAACUCACAUGCCCCCAGAGACGAUGUUACCAACUCCUGUUGAUCUGAUCACCGAUUCCUUGUAUAUGAACCGUCUCAGCGUCUCCGCCCUUCCAAAGCAUUGACUCACCCCUGUGCUCAUGGCGAGGCUUCAAUAUGUCUAGGCGGGGGCGGAAAGUCUCUGGGAGAAUGGUUAUCAGAGGUUCAUCCCCAGUGGCGCAAUUUGAAGGGAUGAGUUGAACGAGGGAUACGAUAGCAUCAUUUAU